AUGCCGUUCCCAUCUUUGAUCUAUAAUAUUCCAGUACACCAUGUAUUCCUCUCUCUUAACUUAACAAAUGGGACUCAACUCAUCAUAGCAAACAACUGCAAGGACAGCAUAUGGCCCGGGAUCCUCGGCACCGCAGGCCACUUAACUCCGCUAGAUGGCGGCUUCCAUCUCCCCAGCGGCGAGCAACUCCUCCUUGACGUUCCCAACAACUGGUCCGGAAGAAUCUGGGGUAGGCAAGGCUGCUGCUUUGACCCAAGCACCGGCAAGGGUUCGUGCCUAACCGGUGACUGUGCCGGGCUCUUACAAUGCAGGGGACUCGGUGGAGUUCCCCCUGCCACCCUCGUCGAAAUGACACUUGGAACUCCCAAAUCCGCCUUGCAUUUCUACGAUGUGAGCUUGGUUGAUGGGUUCAAUGUUCCCAUUUCCAUGGUACCUAUUGGUGGUGGUGUUGGAUGUGGUGUUGCUGCUUGUGAGACUGACUUGAACAUAUGCUGCCCCCUUGCCUUGGUGAUCAAGAAACAAGGUAGGGUUGUGGGUUGUAAGAGUGCUUGUCUGGCUGCAAAGACAGAUAGAUAUUGCUGUACCGGGGAGUAUGCAAAUCCGAAGAGUUGUAAGCCUAGUGUUUUUGGGCAUCUUUUUAAGGCUAUUUGUCCAAGGGCUUAUAGUUAUGCCUUUGAUGAUUCCACAGGGCUUAAGACAUGUGUGGCUCCUAGGUAUGCCAUCACAUUUUGUCCUCCUAGCUUGGGAUGAUUUAGCGGAGGAAAACCUCCUGUAUCGUUGUCGCUAACUAUAAGAUGCUAUGCAUGAAA